AGUCUUUUUCAUUUUUUUCUUGAAGACUCUAGAAUUCUGAACAGCUCGUUUCUCAUUGGCUGGUGGGCGGGGCUUUGAGACUGGUGGAAACUUCCAUUAACCGGCGGCUUAAAAGAGGAGCAUCUGAGAGGCACUGCGGCGCUGCAUCCAGAGAUCAGACCGACUUUCAGCUCCAGGAAAAUACUUUUCUCCUCUUCUUUUACUGCAGAAACAGCUAAAACUGCUGUUUAAUCCUCUGUAAAGAGAACCAGACUCUACAUCAGCGGAAAGGUUUUUUUAAUCAUGCCUGAGAAGAUUCGCAUCAACAGCCCAAAUGUGCGGUACACUGAGCAGUACAUCGAGUCUCAGUACUCUUAUCAAACCACAUCAGUGUGCAGAGAUGGAGACUCUUACACGGUGACUCCCCACACCACCGAGUUCAUGUUCCGGACGGAGAGGGCCGUGCCCAAGCUGGGGGUGAUGCUGGUGGGUUGGGGUGGCAACAAUGGCAGCACCGUCACAGCCGCUGUUCUGGCUAAUAAGCUCGGCCUCACCUGGAGAACCAAGACUGGUGUGAAGACUGCAAAUUAUUAUGGCUCAUUACUGGAGGCUUCAACAGUAUCUUUGGGCUCUGGACCAGAGGGAGAGGUCUUCGUGCCGUUCAGAGAUCUGCUGCCGAUGGUCCAUCCUAAUGACAUUGUAUUUGAUGGUUGGGACAUCUCCUCCAUGGAUCUUGGCCGUGCUAUGGAGCGAGCCCAGGUUCUGGACUGGAGUCUCCAGGAGAUGCUUCGUCCGCACAUGAGCAAGCUCAAACCAAGACCCUCCAUUUAUAUCCCAGAGUUCAUUGCUGCAAAUCAGGAGUAUAGGGCUGAUAAUGUGCUCACAGGCAGCAAAGCAGAGCAGGUGGAACAGAUCCGCAGGGAUAUACGAGACUUUAAGCAGAAGAGCGGAGUGGAGAAGGUGAUAGUGCUGUGGACUGCGAACACUGAGAGGUUCUGUGACGUCGUGCCUGGAGUCAAUGACACUGCUGAGAACCUUCUCAACACUAUUCAGACUGGAGGAGAGGUAUCUCCAUCCACACUCUUUGCAGUGGCCAGUAUCCAGGAAGGCUGUGCUUACAUCAACGGCUCUCCUCAGAACACCUUUGUGCCCGGGGCUCUGGAACUGGCUGUUCAGAGAGGGGUCUUCAUCGGCGGAGAUGACUUCAAAUCAGGCCAGACCAAGCUGAAGUCUGUUCUGGUGGAUUUCCUCAUCAGCGCUGGCAUCAAGCCCACCUCUAUUGUGAGCUACAAUCACCUUGGCAACAACGAUGGCAUGAACCUGUCUGCCCCGCAGCAGUUCCGCUCUAAGGAGAUUUCCAAGAGUAACGUGGUGGACGAUAUGGUGCAGUCCAACCCAGUGCUCUACAAGCCUGGAGAGAAGCCUGACCACUGUGUGGUGAUUAAAUACGUUCCCUAUGUGGGAGACAGCAAAAGAGCGAUGGAUGAGUACACCUCAGAGAUCAUGAUGGGAGGAACCAACACCAUUGCCCUGCACAACACCUGUGAAGACUCUCUGCUGGCCAGCCCCAUCAUCCUGGACCUGGUGAUCCUGACCGAGCUGUGUCAGAGAAUCACGUUCUGCACUCAGGAGGACAGAUCCUUCCAGAGCUUUCACAGCGUCCUCUCUCUGCUCAGCUUCCUCUGCAAGGCCCCGCUCGUACCACAGGGAGCACCAGUGGUCAACGCCUUCUUCCGCCAGAGAGCCUGCAUCGAAAACGUCAUGAGAGCCUGCCUCGGUCUCCACCCUCAGAACCACAUGCAGCUUGAGCACAAGAUGAAGAGAAGCUUCCUUCAAUGCCACAAAAAUGAGGUCUACGACAAAACGUCACCCGCAAAGAACACCCAGCUAACUAACGGCUAUCACUGUGUUCAGACCAAGGGGAUCAGUGAGCAAGAUGCUGUUCCAAGUAUAAAAUCUAUUGCAUGAUUCCUGUGUUCAUAAAAGGGAUUUUCUUUUUUAUCAUUAGUUUUUGUGAAUUUUAAGGGAGAAUUAUUUGUAUUUUACAAUAUGGUAUAAUAAAUUCAUAUGCACUAACGCUACUUGACCAAUAAGCAAUUUGUGUAAAAGGUGCUGAUGCUCAGUUUAAGUCACUGUUUACUGGGAUUCUAUUGGAUUUCAGGGCUAUUUGAAAAUGUGUAAAAUGUGGGUAAUUACCACUGUUAUUGCUAAAAAUAUAUUGAAGUUGUUGUAGAGAAGAUUCAAUGGCUAUUGAAUGCACAUUGAGCUGUAUUAAUUAUAAUGAAGCUUAUGAAUAUAAUAUAUAAUUUAAUGUGAAAAGAGAACACAUAUAUAUAUAUAUAUAUAUAUAUAUAUAUAUAUAUAUAUAUAUAUAUAUAUAUAUAUAUAUAUAUAUAUAUAUAUAGGUUCCUAUUGGACUUUGUCUGCUGAGAACCAUUGCACUACAAAUCAGGACACUUUAGAGCUAUUUCUUUAAUUAUUAGCUAGAUAUUUUAAUUUAGACCAGUAAUAACGAGUCUAAAUCUCUUUUUUUUACGUUUUUAAUAAGGUUAUUUUUUAGUUGUAUAUUAUUGUGGUGGUAUUGUUUGUCAAACGUGUCGUGUGGUGUCUUCAUUUAAUGAGUUUUAUGAAACCUUGUGAUAUUUAGUUGUUAUAUGAAUUAUUUAGUUUGACAUGACUGUGACAAAAGAAGCUGUAUAACACUGGAUUGGAUAACAUUGGAUAAAGUCUAAUAAUAAAAUGCAAAAGUACAAGGUGAA